UGUUCCGUAUACACGAAAAUUCCUGUCAUCCUGUUAUCAUCAUUAUUGCAAUAUGCUCUGUACCGUCGGCAUGUGGAAAGUUUAGUUGCUUCUGCGAGACGCAGUUGUGUUUUAUAACAGUCGUCGUUUGAGAGGCCUUCUUGAACGUUAAACUUUUUUAGUAUCGUUCUGUCCUCAAGAGCAGAAAUGGACGUCAUGUUUGUGGUCCCGAUUCUCAUAGCUCUGGUGGUUUGCUAUCUCUUCCUGACAAAAAAUUAUAAAUACUGGCAGAAACGUGGAGUACCUUCCGCUGACGGCGUCGUGCCUGGCUUCGGUCACUCCUGGGAUGUCAUCGCAAUGAAGUCCAACCUCUCCGAGUUUUGUCGCGAGAUGUACAAUGCUAAUCAAAACCACAGCGUGGUGGGAUUUUACGACUGUAUGACACCAUCGUUGAUGGUCCGCGAUCCCGAGUUGGUGAAAACGGUGCUUGCGACAAGCUUUACAAAUUUCCACGAGAAUAGCCUCAAGAUCAAUCCAGAUUUAGACCCACUUCUGGCGAGCAAUCCCUUUUUCGUUUACGGUGACACGUGGGUGACCGCGAGAAAGCGCUUAACUUACGCGUUCUCCAGCGCGCGACUGAAAUUUUUACUCGAGAGCGUUAACCAAGUGUGCACGACGUUCGACAACGGGAAAAUAGAACUGGAACUAAAGGACUUAUUCUCCAGAUUCACCGCGCAAGUAGUAGCUGGCGCUGGCUUUGGCGUGGAUGGAUUUUGCUUUGACGAUGACAAAGAGAAGGAGUCUUUUCACACGAUGGGCAAGUCCUUCCUCGAGCCAACCGCUUGGAACAAUUUUGUCUUCACUCUUACGUUCUUCUUGCCAAUGCUUAGCAAAAUUUUGAGAGCGAGGCUCUUACCGAAAAAGGCCGACGAUUUCUUUAGAAAUCUGGUUGCGGACGUUAUGGAGCAAAGAAGAAAGGACCCGACACCCAGAAACGAUUUUCUCCAGCUGAUGGCCAAUCUGGAACGGACGGAGGGUGAUACGUUUGAUCUAGAUGUUCUCGCGUCCCACGCGGUGUCAUUCUUCAUCGACGGUUACGAGACUACCAGCGUCGUUUUAAGCUUCGUCGGCUUCAAUUUGGCCACUCAUCCAAAAGUGGAGGAGAAAUUACGCGAGGAGGUGAUAUCGGUGCUUAAAAAACACAAAGGUGUAAUCACAUACGAAGCCUUGAAAGAUAUGACGUACAUGGAUCAGGUGAUAAGCGAAUCGCAGAGGAUCUUGCCUACGGUAGGAUUUAUGAACAAGGUUUGCACGGAGGAUACAGAGUUAAAAGGAUUCGACGGACUUGUCUGCCGCGUGGAACGUGGAACGCCCAUCACAAUACCCAUUAGCGGCCUGCACGCCGACCCACAAUUAUGGGAGAAUCCUGAAAAGUUCGAUCCCGAUAGAUUUAGGCCGGACAGAAAGAACAGCAUCAAGAAAUUCGCUUUUCUUCCGUUUGGCGAAGGACCGCGAAUGUGCGUGGGAAUGAGAAUGGGUCUGCUGCAGGUAAAAGCAUGUCUGGCUACGUUCGUGAAGAAAUACAGCUUAGAGCUUUCGCCGAAGACAAAAUUGCCAUUAAAAUGGGUAGCUUCGUCCUUCCUAAAUGCUGCAGAGGGUGGCCUUUGGGCUUUCGUAAAGCCGAUUUAAUUGAAUAUGAGAAUUUUCUUUCAUUUUUUAAUUUUUUCUUUGCUUUGAUUUUCUUAUUUUACAA